AUGGUUCUAUCUGCUUUCUACCUGCAAUUCAAUAAGGUUCACACCAUCUCGCAAUAUUAUUCCAUCACAGAUCAGCUUAAUCUUGGCGUUCGACAUAUCGAGUUAGACAUCCACUAUUUUCACAGUCAUUUGCGUGUUUCUCAUUGUGGCUUUUCGGUGGGAGUAAUAAACUAUUUGUUUUACGGACUGGAAUAUAUUUUGGGGUGGAUGGAUUUUAAGUAUGAUACGGAUACUAUCGGGUGUUUUCCUUCCUUCAACGGAGUUCCUUCUGAGGAUCAACUUCGAAUUGAGACGAUUCUGGAGGAAAUUCGAAACUGGCUGGAGAAUCCAUCCAAUCGCGAUGAAUUGAUUGUUCUGUAUCUAGAUGUCAGUGCAAAUUUGAAACGCUGGAAACAGGAAGAAGCGCUUUCGAUGGCCUUUUGGUCGAUCUUAGGGGACCGAAUUGUUUUGAACAAUGAUACGAGACCUCUUCUAGAGUUAGUUCGUUCGAAUAAACGAAUCAUUGUUGUGUCUCGUAGACCUAUCGAGAAUAGUUACCAGUUAUUCCACUUCACAGGACAAGAAAACACUUGUUAA